AUUAAUUUUAAGCCUUUCGUCUUUCAUUUUGCUUCCAAACUCCAAAAGCAUGCAAUGGCAGACAUACAUGACUCAGUUUCUGGAACAAAUCAUGAUGAAUUUGUGAAUGACGAGCUUUUCUACAAUCUGUUGGCUGCUGCUGACUCACAUGAAAUUGAGAACCAAGGUGAUCAUGAUCCUCUCUGUUCUAAGCAGCAUCCUCUGCUCAAUCUUGAAGGAAUAUCGGCUUCAACGUCGAUAAUGGAAGUUAAUGAAGCUGACUGGGACUGGCUUCAUCCCUCUCAGCCUGGAAAUACUAGUCUUUGCUCGCCUGCUUUUGGUUCUGAAGGAGACAACAAUGUUGAAUUGGUGAGGAAUCAUCAACAAGAGAUUCAAAAUCUGGAAAUGGAAAAUUCAAACCAAUACAUUCCCAGUAGGGAUAUUCCUAGAUUGUCAUUAGAGAAUGAUGACAAUGAUGUGAUGUCAUCCGAGUAUAGUGGUGGUGGUGAGAUACAUUCUGAACCAACUGUCAAUUUAAAGUAAGUUAAUGCUCAGUCUCCAAAAAUUGGGAUGGCGUUUUCAUCUGAAGAGGAGGCUUACAAUUUCUACAAAGCUCAUGCUAAAGAAACAGGUUUCAAGGUAAGGAAAGGAAAGAUACGACGAUUGUCAGAUAGAAGCAUUAGAACAAAAUUUUUCUUGUGUUCAAAACAGGGUUUUCGAAUGCAGAAGCAGGCUAACAAGACACCAAACUAUCAGAGAAAAGAGACCAGAACAGGUUGUGAAGCCAUGGUUCAUUUUACAGUUGACAAUGGAAAGUGGCUGAUCUCAGAUUUUAAUCCUAAGCACAAUCAUGACCUUCAAGGAAAG